AUGGGCCGGACACGGAAGCAUAGUGCGUUGGGCAGUUACCUUCAGAUAGCCGGUGUGAAGUGGACGGUAUCUGGUUACCUUCAGAUAGACGAUGUGCGGUGGACGGUAUCCGUUUACCUUCGAAACCUCGGUGUACGAUGGCGGCCGAUUACCCGCGAACCGACGGAUGAGGAUAUUCGGAUAAAUGUGAACAUGUCUCAGAUCGGUGGUGGCGGUGACGACUUAACUUUUGGUUCGGCGGCCAUACUAUACUCCUCCGUUCCUCCCAACUGCGAUUCUGGUUUCGACUUCUUCCGUGGGUCCGGGGGAACGCGACUCAAAACAAUAUUAUGUAUUUAUUUCGUAAUUAUAUCAAUUUUAUGUUACCGCGUAUUUUCGGAGCCGAUGGACGGGCUCCGACCUCUUCGUUUUGACUUGAGUAAAAUUUUUGAGUGA